CAGUUGCAUAAAAGAGGAGAACAGUGGUUUGGUUGAUUAUUGUACUUCAGUUAAGAGCUACCUAUACAAGUCACACUUAUAUCCCUUAUUGAAUUUAACAGAAUUAGAGAAAGGCACGGUGAGAUGGGACCUCUAUCUCUAACAAGUGAAUGAACCACUCUGACAAAUAGAUUAAUCCGUUGAUACGAGUUGUUGAAAAAAUAGUUACUGGUAGUUGAUAAAAGAAAUUACAGUAUGGAAGAUGCAUCAGCUAAUGAAAGCAACAAAGAUGGAUCAGUUAAUAAGAGUGAAAAUAGCAUAAGUGUGGCAGCUGAAUCAGCCAGUAUUGAUAUGAGCAUACCAAGUUCAGCUGAUGAGUCAGUUGAUAAGAUUUACAUUGUUAACAUAAGAGAGGAAAUGGAUAAUGAGAAAGAUCUUCCUCUGAUGUCAAAUGUAAAAGAUAUCCACAUUUCUCAUUACAUUCUACAAUUAAAAUGCCUGAUGGAGACAAGAGAAAUGAUCGGUCAUGUGACAUUAUUUAGAUGUUGUGAUCAAGCUAGAUGUAGAGAGUGUACUAAAAAUAGAACUUUCAACCAGAAGGUAACAGCUAACUCUAAAUGUUCAAAAAUUAGAGCAAGUCAGGAGAAGAAAAACAAAUUUAAUAUUCAAAGAAUAGAAUCCGAGCACAACUAUAUUGAUGUUUUUAGUGAAACUACUAUGGUACCAGAUCAAGUUAGUAAGUCCUUAUCAGAUCAUUCAUAUAAUUGUGCAGACAUGAUUUGUGCACAACAGUCUUCAUUGCUGAAUGCUAAGCACAGUUCUGCAUCCUGCAACAAAACUUCUAAUAUGCAAUCAAUAAAUUCUGUAAAUGUUACUGAUUAUGCUGAUACAGGCAUCUCAUUGGCUGACACUUUGGAAAAUUCUCCAAAUGAUUUUAAAAUGAUUUUAGACUGUUGUGAUAUAGAAGUAGACUAUGUGGAAGAAUUAGAUAUGCCUCUGUACAUGUUUAAGGAUUUAGUUGAGAAUAAUCAUAAUAAAAGUCUGUAUGAAAAUCUAACAUUGGUAGUUAGAACCCUGGGUAAAUUGAAGUGGGAGUAUGGAAAACAUUCAGUAUCAGUGUGGAAGGAGGGUGUGAAAACCGAGAGCCAUUUUCCUGGUGUCAUUAGAAUUCAUUAUAGGACAAAGCCAACUGGACAGUCAUUGAAAUGGACUCUUGACCAGGAUGAAAAAUGGUGCGUAUUUACACAUGGACACUGGAUCAACAACAGGUCCUUUUUCCCCUCCCAGGAUUCACCUGCAGCCAUGGCUACCUGGCAAGCUGAAAUUGAGGUUCAGAAAGAUCUAACAAUUGUAAUGGGUGGUGAUUAUAAUGAAAUGGUUUCCAAAAGUGAUGAGGAUGGAUGGAAGAAAGAAUAUUUUAACAGUAGAAUGGAAAUGCCAAGUUCCACUUUAUCAUUAGCCAUUGGAUACUGGGGUUUUGUGACUAUACCUUUGAGGUAUAAAAAAGGAGAGUUGUAUAGGAAACCUUGUAGAGUAGUAGGUCCAAAAUCAAUACUGUGCCAGUCAAUUACAGAACUACGAGAUUAUAUCCCUGUCUGUUUAGGAGAAGUUAAUAACAUAUUAGGACCAUACCCAUUUCCAAGACUUGAUGUGUUGAUAGUCCCACCAUGCUUUGACAGCCUUGGAAUGGCAAGUCCCUGUGUAAUAUACAUAGCCCAGUCAUUGUUGGCAGGAGACUGUUCCAUGUUUGUCAGAAUAGCACAUGAGAUCUGCCAUUCUUGGUUUGGACUAGUUAUAGGUCCUAAGGAUUGGACUGAAGAAUGGUUGACUGAAGGAUUCUGUACCUAUGUAGAGGAUAUCCUCCAUCUUAAUGUUAAACAGGAAAAGGGUAUAUGUGAUGCAUCUGAAGCCAUGGCAGAGAAACAGUUAAGAAUGUAUCUGAAGUAUAAAACAUUACAGAAUGAACUUCUAACUACCAGUGCAGACCUCCAAACAUUAAGACCUAACAAAGAUAAUACUGGAGCAACCAUCAAUUUUGUUAAAGAUGGGAUGAAUCCAGACAAAAGAUUUCUACAGGUUCAUUAUUUAAAGGGAUACUUCCUGUUGUGUUAUCUAGAAUCCUUUGUUGGACUAGACAAGUUUCUAAGAAUGUUACAUUCUUACGUCAUUACCUUUUAUAAAGAACUUGUAUCAUCAAAGGAUGUGAUCUCAUUCAUUUUUAAUGUUCUGCCAGAAUUAAGAGAUAAUGGUUUAACAGAAGAGAAGGUAUUGGCAGACUGGUUAGAUAAACCUGGUAUGCCAGAGGCAUUGAAAGUUUAUGGACUUAGUGAAGGAAAUGUUCAACUACAACAAGUAAAGAAACAGGUUUCUUUAUUAAGAAUGUCCUAUCCAACAGAAGGCAGUAGAAAGAGGAAGAGGAAACUAAACAUGAAACCUAAAUUAGAAGAUUUAGCUCCCUUACAGUUGGUGUUAUUUCUUGAGAUAUUGCUGGAGGAUGAGAAAAUUCCAGCCAAUCAACUGGUUAACAUUCGGACCAGAUAUCAUAUGAUGUCACAGAAUGCAGAUGUACAACAUAGAUGGUGUGAGUUGGUCAUAAAACACAAAGUACAAAAAUUUUAUCAAGAUCUGAGAGAAUUUCUCCUAAAUCAUCAGGCUAUGGGUGUCUAUUUAUAUGGAGAAAUGGUUUUAUCAGGCUGUAAACAACAAAAGAAGCUAGCUGAAGAAUGUUUCAAUACUUUAAAAGAUCAUAUGGAACCAGAUCCUUACUCAACUGUCAAAUCUAUGGUCUAUGGUACAUAAUCAUGAACCUGGUUCAUUAUAAUUUACCCAAAGUGAUGAUCUCCCAGAAAAAAUAUCGGAAGUGAAAAAAGAUUUAACCAAAAGAACGAUUUAAGAGAGUAAAAGAAGACAGGAUUGUGCUUAAUUUUUUGCACAAGGUUUAUCCUUUCAUCUAAAGAGGUUUGAACUUUCCAGUUGAAUAUCUAUGAAAGUAUUAACAUGUUGCUUUGAUAAAGAUGUAAAACACAAAGCAAGACUGUAAAACAAUUAUGAAUGUUUCAAUUUGUUAACAAAUUUAUUUAUAAAGACAAGGUUUCACAUAAAAUCUUUCAGGUAACAUUUACAGGUGCUCAACCCACAAAGUUCUUAGCCUACCCCAAUGUGACUGAAUGAAAAAGGUGUCCUCGUCUUUAGGCCACAAAUGAAAUUUAGAUUGUUGGAUGAUGACUACCUACCCAAAUUUCAAGCAGCCUACCCAGAAAAAUUUUAUAACACAAAUAGUUUCAGAUUUUUUGUUUAAAGUUUUUUUCCUGCUCUAAUGUCGUUUUCUUGUCCAAAUAGAUAUAGGAAGCUGUGGUAUGAGUGCCAAUGAGACAACUCUCCAUCCAAGUAACAAUUUAUAAUACAAAGAUAAAAUAAACAUGUGAAAGCUCCCUCACAGGCAAACAACCCAUAAUUGAAAAAUAUAAGGGCAUACACCACAAGCACGGGGACACAUUCUACUGCAUCCACACAGCACGAGCAACAAACCCUGCAGUAAAUAGAUAUAGGAAGAUGUGGUAUGAGUGCCAAUGAGACAACUCUCCAUCCAAGUAACAAUUUAUAAUACAAAGAUAAAAUAAACAUGUGAAAGCUCUCUCACAGGCAAACAACCCAUAAUUGAAAAAUAUAAACAUGUUACUUAUGUUAUUGCCAAAAAAAAAAAGAAUCCCUACCUACCUUCCGGACCCUAUGAUAUAAGGCAUGGGAAGGCAACAUCAAACAAAUAAAUUUAUUAAGGGUGGCCGUAGGGUGUCAUAUGUAUAAUGCAGAAAGUCUGGACAUUGAUUGCAGUAGAUCACACGUUAACAAACCUCAUUUACUUACUAUGAAAAAGAGUAGGCUUUGUAAGCCUAAAUAAUACUAAAAGCAUGUUCUAAUAUUUUCACCCAUUUUAAAGUCUGUACUUGACCAAAUCUAAAAUGUACUUGACAAUCUGAAGUUUACUACCACUUCAUCAGACACUGAUCUUCAAAAUUUAUUUCAGUGUUAAUUUCAUGUACAUAUUCUGAACUGUUUUUGACAGAGUCUGAGUUGUACUUGAUAAUGUCUGUUAGAGGUCAGUUAUGCCUUCAAAAUUGGUUUGUUAAUUGGUUACCAUUUAUCUGUUUGAAAUUAAAUUUUCUUUUCUACUUCA